CAAAACGAUAAAACAGAAUCAUCACCAAAACAACCCCCAGAAAUCAGAAUCCCACCACAAAACCACACCUCAUCAAUCUUACAAUCACCACCCACACUUCCGAUGGCCAAGAAAUCCGCCACUUACUCAGACGCAGCCACCACCGCCACCGUCGCUGCUGAAUCACUAUUGCAAGAGGAUCUUGUUUUUCUCGACGAGGACGUAAAUGAUCUCAGUUACUGGGAACUCAUUAACCCAUCUGAUGCUGACUCCGAUUCUGAAUCUCUUCAUAGCCUUGAAAAUGGGUUCCUUUCUUUGUAUUCAUUAAAACCCUCCUCACAACCAAAAUCCCCAAUUAUCAACCAAGAAAUUCAAACCCUGGAGCCUUGCCAAGUCCAAGGUCUCGUGGAUGAUGUGAAUUUUCAAGACGAUGAUGUUAAAUAUUCUCCCGACGGUGAGUACAAUCGUAAUCAGCGUGAGGUAGGGCCUGUAAUGUUCUCUGGCGUGGCUCACGGACUGGCUGACGCUGAUGCUGAUAAGGAGGAGGACGACGAUGACGACGACGACGAAGAUGGGUAUGGGCUGGAUGAUGAACUCGUGCCGUGGCACGUGACCGGGAAGUUAGGGAGGCAGAGGAUGAGGAAGUUAGGGAAGAGGGUAUUUGCUAAAAUGGUGAAUUCCAAGAGGAAUCCAUAUCUUCAUGUGAAGCCAGGGUGUGUGCGAGGCAAGCAUGGACUGGGGAUUAAGGCUUGAAGAAGCUAAUCUUUUGAUUGAAGGUAAUUUGGGGGAGAAAACUGAUCUUGAAAUGGACUUUUUUUUGCCCAUUAGAUGUUUGAAUCAAUUCUCUGGGACGGUUGAUUAGGUGUAAGUAAUGGAAUUCAGGUUUUUCUUUCUGGGUUAUGUUCAUUGGAUGACUUGAUAUGGAUUCUAAUGCUUGACCUCUACUCGAUGGUUAUAGAUAUUAUGAUUGAUCCAUAUGGGUUUCUUAGUUUCUUUGUGCCUUUGUGUCAAUUGAGGGCUCAACUGAAUCCAAAUCUAACCAUUCUGUUCAUAUGUUCUUGGGAAUGUCAGUAGCAGUUUUUAAUGGAGAUUUUGUAGAAAUUGUUAGAAGGUAAGCAGACAAGUAUGUAAAGAAACUGCUUACAAAGAUGUGAUGUUGAAAUGUGUAUAUGUUGGAUACUCAUUUGAUUAUCAGAUAAAAUUACUUUGUGAA